GAAGUGCUGACUGGGGCGAUAGAAGAACCCCUGUCCUCAGAGGCGGGGAGAGGCAAUGCGCUCUGCAGGCGCCCAGAGACACUUCAUCUUGCCAGUGAGUGAUGUUGAGAAGGGGUCACGUCAGGGCUAUGGAGCCUCGGAGAAGGGGAGAGGAAAAACUUGAGCAGAAACUAAGGCUGCAGUCCUAGGCACGUUUCCUUGGGAGUAAGUCCUUGCGAGCUCCGUUGGGCUGGCUUCCCAGUAAACUUGCAUAGGAUUGAGUUACAACUCGGGGGAAAGAUGGGAGGGAGAUCCACGCUGCUUCCACGCUUCUCCUAUUCCGUAUCCCUCCCACGAUGAUCGAGGAAUCCGACUCUUCGACCGCUUGACACCCCACCCCCCACCAGUCGGGAACAGCAAUAAGGCUGCGGCUCCUUCAAAGAUGGUCCUGCUGCCAUUGAGACCUGGAGCUCUGAUGCCACAAUGAGGACUCACACACGGGGGGCUCCCAGUGUGUUUUUCAUACAUGUGAUUUGCUUUGUACUGGUAUACAGUACCGGCGACCACCCAAGCACAGUCGUUCCUUUUGUCAAUGCCAACUACAACAGCUACCCCAUGCUCUACUUUUCCAGAGGAGAGAUACAGGAUUUGCAGUUCAAGGCAGCUACUACACAUCAGCACAUUGCAGCUCGGUUGGUUGAGGCUGUAGAGACCAUGCUGUCGAAUCCCUUGGAGUACCUUCCUCCCUGGGACCCCAAGGACUUCAGUGCUCGGUGGAAUGAAAUCUAUGGCAACAACCUAGGUGCCCUGGCAAUGUUCUGCUUACUGUAUCCAGAGAAUAUGGAAGCCAUCAACAUGGCCAAAGAUUACAUGGAAAGGAUGGCGGCUCAGCCUAGUUGGUUAGUAAAGGAUGCACCAUGGGAUGAGGUCCCUCUUGCUCACUCUUUGGUUGGAUUUGCCACUGCCUAUGACUUUUUGUACAACUAUCUUAGCAAGUCUCAGCAGGAGAGAUUUCUGGAGGUAAUUGCCAACGCCUCAGGAUAUAUGUAUGAAACAUCAUAUAGGCGUGGAUGGGGUUUCCAGUACCUACAUAACCAUCAGCCUACCAACUGUGUGGCCUUGUUGGCAGGAAGCCUGGUUCUCAUGAAUCAAGGUUAUCUUCAGGAAGCAUACUUGUGGACUAAGCAAGUCCUAAAUAUAAUGGAGAAGUCUAUGGUACUGCUUCAAGAAAUAACAGAUGGAUCCCUAUACGAAGGAGUAGCUUACGGCAGCUACACCACCAGAUCUCUUUUCCAAUACAUGUUCCUUGUCCAAAGGCACUUUGACAUUAACCACUUUAGUCACCCCUGGCUUAAACAACAUUUUGCAUUUAUGUAUAGGACGGUUCUACCAGGAUUCCAAAGGACUGUUGCUAUUGCAGACUCCAACUACAACUGGUUUUAUGGGCCAGAGAGCCAGCUGGUAUUCCUAGACAGAUUUGUUAUGCGCAAUGGUAGUGGAAACUGGUUAGCCGAUCAGAUCAGGAGGAACCGAGUGUUGGAAGGACCAGGGACACCAUCCAAAGGACAGCGUUGGUGCACUCUUCACACUGAAUUUCUUUGGUAUGAUGCUAGCCUGGGUUUCAUACCUCCACCAGAUUAUGGCAUUCCAAAACUGCAUUAUUUUGAGGACUGGGGAGUUGUAACAUAUGGAAGUGCGCUGCCCGCUGAAAUCAAUAGACCUUUCCUCUCCUUCAAAUCAGGAAAGCUGGGAGGACGUGCAAUAUAUGAUAUUGUUCAUCAGAAUAAGUACAAAGACUGGAUCAAAGGCUGGAGAAAUUUCAAUGCUGGUCAUGAACACCCUGAUCAGAACUCCUUUACUUUUGCCCCUAAUGGCGUACCUUUCAUAACAGAAGCUCUGUAUGGACCCAAGUACACAUUUUUAAAUAAUGUGCUGAUGUUUUCUCCAGCUGUGUCAAAGAGCUGCUUCUACCCCUGGGAAGGGCAAGUUACUGAAGACUGUUCAUCAAAGUGGUUGAAAUAUAAGCAUGACCUGGCUGCAGAUUCCCAAGGGAGGGUGGUUGCUGCCAUGGAAAGAAGAGGGAUCAUCUUUAUUAGAGGUGAAGGAGUGGGUGCAUACAACCCCAAAUUAAAGUUGAAAAGCCUCCAAAGAAACCUACUGCUUAUCCAUCCCCAGCUCCUCUUGCUAGUGGACCAAAUACAUCUUGAGGAUGAUAGCUCCUUGGAGAUGGCAACUAGCUUUUUCCACAAUGUGGAUGUGCCUUUUGAAGAAACUGUAAUUGAUGAUGUCCAUGGGGCAUUUAUUAGGCAACGAGAUGGGAUGUAUAAGAUGUUCUGGAUGGAUGACACUGGUUACAGUGAGAAAGCUGUGGUUGCCUCAAGAAUGUAUCCCAGAGGCUAUCCUUACAAUGGAACAAACUACGUGAAUGUCACAACUCACCUGCGCAUCCCAAUCACCAGAACUGUGUAUCUCUUCAUUGGACCUUCUGUAGAUGUACAAAGCUUCAAUGUCCAUGGGGAUUCUCAGCAAUUGGAUGUUUUCAUAACAACCAGUGAGCAUGCCUAUGCUGUUUACUUGUGGACUGGAGAGGAUAAAAGCCACUCUGUCUUUGCCCACGUUAUCGCAGACCGUCAAAAAAUUGUCUUUGACCGAGCCUCUGCCAUUAGGAGUUAUCCAGUGUCAGAGGUAAGGGAUUACACUGGCAUAGUGGAACAGAACCUUCAGCAUUUCAAGCCAGUCUUCCAGCUGCUAGAGAAGCAGAUCCUUUCCCGUGUACGGAACACAGACAGCUUCCGGAAGACUGCUGAGCGCUUGCUGCGGUUUUCAGAUAAAAGACAGACAGAGGAGGCAAUUGACAGGAUAUUUGCAAUUUCGCAGCAGCAGCAGCAAGGCAAAGCAAAGAGGAACAGAAAGGUAGCUAAAAGCUAUAAGUUUGUUGAUACUGGCCCUGACAUUUUUGCACAGAUUGAAGUCAACGAAAGAAAAGUUCGGCAGAAGGCACAGAGUUUGGCUCAAAAUGAAUUGCCUGUGAAUGAAGAUGAGGAAAUGAAAGAUCUGCUGGAUUUUGCAGAUAUCACUUAUGGGAAACACAAAAAUGGCAUGUCAAUCAAAGGCCGAUCUGGUCUUGCACAAAUGUUGGCAACUGCUCGAAGUAGUGCCCCCUCAAUGUCAGCAUCUUAUACCCGACUUUUCCUCAUCCUGAACAUUGUUAUCUUCUUUGUCAUGCUGGCAAUGCAGCUGACUUGGUUCCAGAAGGCCAAAAGCCUGCAUGGCCAAAGAUGUCUUUAUGCAGUCUUGCUGAUUGACAGCUGUAUAUUAUUGUGGCUUUAUUCUUCUUGCUCCCAGUCACAGUGUUAGCUAAAAGACCAUAUGCUACUUGACCAUUUUAUGGUUAGAUAUGUCUAUGCAAAGUAUUAACCCUAAUAGGGCCAGAAUUUGUUUUCUACCUUUUCUGACACAUUCUAGAAAACAGCUGUGGAAUGACUGAAUUGUUGCAGCCAGAGAAGGUAAAAUUUAAUGGGCAUUGGACAGAUUUCUCAGAGAAUAGACCACCUAGGCAUGGGUCAAGUUAGAUUUGUCCUGUGAAUGAAUGUCAUGCAUUCUUGUUCUGAACUCAGUAAGGCCAUUCACACAAUCAAUAACUGUGUAGAACAAGCCUCCUACACAGGUUUAGAAGCUGUAUCUGCUCCCAGUUUUGCUUGUGUGGAAGGAAACAACUAGGCGGUGGGGGGGGAGUGGCUGUGUUUGAGGCAGGAACUGGGUAUGACAACUUUUCAUCCUACAAUGGUAAAAUGGCAGGUAGGACAGCACUGUGCACUGUCCUACUCAGCUCCUGCUGCUCACGCAAUCACUCCCCCUCCUCCUACCUAUUGUUUGCUCCCUCACAACCAAAAAGUGGGAGCAUGCACAGCUCCCCAACCUAGCUAAGACAAGUUUUUAGUUGUGUUGACUGCCCUAGUAUGUGGCAUGGCAUUUUAUUCUUCUAAAACAGUAUUCCCUCUUCUGAAGAGUGUGUUGUUUUUUUCUCAUUUAUGUUGUGCUGGUUUAAAAAUCUAAGUGGGGUGUUAAUGUUUUAAGAGCAUCCUAACUGGCUGUUGACAAGGAUUUUAACAGUGGCUUUUAUCUCUUUCACAAAGCCAGAGGUUCUUAUAUGAAGGGAGUGUGACAAUGAAUGCUGCAGGUCUUUUGUUUCAAAUCUGUCUUAAAACACUGGCACUACUGUAAAUAGCACUUUUUGUCACUGUUGACUGAGAAAUGACAUCCACAUUGACAGGAAGUGUUGUUUGUACUGCCCUUCUCUGAGUCAGAGAAUGUAGAUUAUUCUCUAACCCAGUGUGACUUCUUCUGAGGUAGAAAGCCAGUGUGACUUCUUCUGAGGUAGAAAGCCAAUUAGGGAUGUGCAUGGAACUGGCUGGCUUAGUUCGGUUCAAGUCUGGAUUGGACUUGAACCUGACCGGACCAGUUUGGUCCAGGACCCCUUAGAAAUGCUCCCCCCGCCCUUGGUUCGGUCCAGUGGGGUUGGGGAUUUUAAAAAAAAUUGAAAGGUUUUUUUAACCUUUUAGCCCCUUUGGGGGGCUUCCUCUAGGAACCGCAAGGGUUCCUCCUCCCCCUGCUGGCCUUGGUCAUCACCACCGCAGCCCAUUCUGGCAUGGCCCGGGGCCUCACAGAGGCCAUUUGUGCUUGCAUGGUGGCGGGCAAAAUGGAUGCCUUGCAAAAAUACAGAGGCCCAAACGGACCGGAAAAAGAGCCAGAAUGGGCCACGGCCAGAGGGUGGAGGGGGAACCUUUGCAGACACCUCCCCGCUGCAGCCCAGAGGAAGCCCCCCGAAGGGGCUAAAGAUUUUCAAAAACUUAAAGAUUUUUUUUAAAAAAUCGCAAACCCCCUGAACCAUCUGGGGGGUUCGGUCUGAAGUCGGAAUGAACGGGUGGGUUCAGUUCAACCCCAGAACUGUUGAUGCUAACCAGUGUGACAUAGAACCGAACCCCCCUCGAACUGUUCGCACAUCCCUAAAGCCAAUUUAGUCUCGCUGGGGUCUCUUGAAGCAGCAGGGUCCUCUAUCUGAAGUAUGCUUAACCUUAAGUUGCAGGCUAUGACACCCUAAGCGUCCACAGUUAUUCUGCUUUUGACCUUUGCUUUUCCCAUUUGGGCUAGGAGGAAAGAGCAAAUACUUUGUGGUUCAGUUAGCAUCAAUCAGGGGCAAGUAGGUCCUUAGGGAAAUUCCCCAGUGUAACAGUUAUGGCUGGAAAUGCAUACGUGUUCACCACUUGAAGUUUCAGUCACCAGAUGAUGGCUUGUGCAUAUAAACAAGCCAUCACUACUUCAACAGAUACAGCUUAUAAUGCAUUAUUUCUCAGUGGAGUCAGUUUUCACAAUUGGCUGCCAGUCAUCAAAUGCUGAGUGACCAAGCAAUAUAUAUAAAUAUGUGGACCAGCCCUUCGCUUGCCUAAGGAAACCAAGAUUGUAUCAUCAGGCAGAGAGGACAUGACUCCAUGAGGCUUUGCCUCAUCAGAACCUAAGUGGUAUUCAGAACUGGGAGAUAGGCACCUCAUAGGGAUAUUUGAAUGGGGAAUAUAAGUAUGUUUUUUUGCCUCAGGAGUAUGAAUAUGCAUUGGGCUGAUGUACUUGUGUGUAAAUGGCCUCUGGAUGAGUUCCUGUCUUUCUGUGGGAGACUUACCAGGAAGAGUUGAUAGAUUUUGGGGAUACCAGCCCUUGCUAUACCUAGACACUCUUGACACAAGAUAUACAUUUGCUUCUGCAAAUAAUGGAUGUGCCACUUCUUGCGUACAACAAUCAUGGGACUGAUUUUUAAAUCCUGGAUAUUUGUAAACAAGGAUGAACUAAAGAACUGGCUUAUUAUUGUAAGUCUUGAACAAAAGAAAAAACUUCAAAAACAUUUUGCUAAAUAAACAGAUUAUAAUUA